CGCGCACGCGCUGCCCCGCGCUCCUCGCUCACUGCGUCCCCUCCGACGCCCCUUUGGUCCCGCGCCGCCGCUCAGCUGGCCACACGCUGCCGACGCAGAAGGACGCUCCACUCUGCUGCCGCUGUGACGCCCGCGGGCAGCGUGCUCCUGCUCUCGCGACCGCUGGCCAAGCGAAGGACAACCUUGACGGACGACCUGCUUGCUCUCCUGGGCCACCACCGCCGGGGUGCGUCGGGCAACGAGUUCCUAUCGCUACGGGGCGUCUCUCUUCUCCCCCCCUCGGCGCCGGUUGACCGCGUCCCGCCCGGCAUUCGGGGGACCCGGCGUCUUCGCUUUUGCGCGACAGGCUGGUUCGAAUCCCCGACUCGACUUCGGGAGGCGCCUCGGUUGUUUGGGCACGCGAGUGUCGCACCGGCAGCGUUCGCGCAAUCUUCGGUGGCGAGGGAAGUGAAGCCUUGCCGCGGGUUGUUCUCGCAGGCGGCGCGUCGCCGCAGGAGUGCCGCCGCGGCUGCCGGCCCCGUUUCUUUCCGCCUUCCUUUUGUGCUGUCGCCGCCGCUAUCUUCCAAUUCCGCCGCGACCGCUCGCGGCUGCGAGUGACAGACAGCUGACGAGAAUGAGGAAGAGGAGAUAAGAAGGCCCCGGCGAAGACACCGCGCGAAAGGCCUUCCCGGUUCCGGAUUGGGUUGUGGACUUGCCUCCGGUUGCCGCGUGCCCCCCUCUGCUACGCACGUUUUUUUGCACGCCGUCGAAAGGCGUCCUUCUUCGGCGCGCCUCUGGCUUCUUCGAACGACUUCUCGGCGACUUCCAUGAGUAUUGUGCUGCUGCCGCCGGUGACCGCUGGUGUCGCGACGCGUGAUCGCGUGCCUGCCGCCUAGAGUGGGGUCCUCGCGCUGGAAUGCUUCCCCUGAGCUACGGUCUCGAGAUUGUGCAGCUCUUCGAGCCCCGUUGGGCGGACCACGAAAUCAGGUUGGAGAGCUCUUCAAGCGGCGGCUGCCGGCUGGCGCAGGGGACCAGCAGCGGCGCCAGCUGCGGCGCCGGGGGCGGCGGCCAUGGUUCGUCGUCCUCUGCCGCCGCCGCGGCGCGGCCCGUCGAGCUCGCCUUCCGGGGCCUGAGCGUGUCCUGCGGCAGCAAGGCCCUGCUGCAGGACGUCUCCGGCCUCGUGCGACCCGGAGAGAUGCUCGCCGUCAUGGGACCCUCCGGCUCUGGCAAGACAACCCUUCUGAAUGCCUUGGCUGGUCGCAUCCGCAUGGACUCUGGCGUUGUUCUACUCAACAGUGAGCCACUCAACAAGCAACUUCGCAGGCGCAUCUGUUAUGUCCUCCAGCAAGACAUAUUCUUUCCAGACCUCACACUCAGGCAGACACUCAAUUACACAGCACAGUUGCGGCUCCCCGAAAGCAUGUCGUACCAUGAGAAGAUGGAACAUGUCAACCAAAUCAUUGACGUCCUGGACCUCUCAAGGUGUCAAGACACAAUAAUAGGCGAUGUGAUGAAGCGUGGCUUGUCUGGUGGCGAGAAGAAGCGUGCGAGCAUAGCCUGCGAGCUGCUCACAAAUCCCACUGUCAUGCUCAUUGAUGAACCCACCUCAGGUCUGGACUCCAGCACAGCGCAUUCACUCAUGUCGACCUUGAAGGAGUAUGCCCACAGAGAAAACAAGACCCUCGUCAUUACCGUGCAUCAACCCUCUAGCCAGAUAUUCUACAUGUUCGACAAGCUUCUUUUGCUCUGCAAUGGCCAGACAGCCUACUAUGGUGACGUCAACAAAGUAGUUGACUUCUUCAGCAGCAUAGGUCUUCAAAUCCAGCAGCAUUUUAACCCAGCUGAUUUCAUCCUUGAACAAGUGAAGAGGUCACCCGAAAUCCAAGAGAAAAUUAUCCUGAGUGCACAAGAACUAAAAAAACACCCAGACUACCCAAAGCAGCUACUUGAAACUAGCGAGGUCUACCACAGUCCAGAAGACGUGGAGAGCCAGUGCAACUACAACGGGGCGGCUGCGAACGUCGUCAAUUGCCCGCAGUGUCACAAACAUGUCUGGAAGACCUUCCAGCACAAGCACGCCGAGGAGGACUCGUGUCACAAAGAACUUCACGGGGACAACCAGCAAUACGUCUGGGCUGUGUCGGAGGAUGACAAGCCAGGCACAGAAAAGUCCAAGCAAGUGGAAUUGCGAGUGAUGCUUGACCCCGAGAAGAAGAUCCCCACAGUGUACAGCAAAAUUGCCAUUCGUGACGACGAGGACUCGGGUCGCUCUUCGUGGUCUGAAGUUGGCAGCUCUGUGUUCAGCAGCCAGGAUGACUUGGGCCAUGAGCAAAAGUGGCCAACGUCCUUCUGGACUCAGGUGUCGGUGCUGACGCGGCGCAACUUCCUCGAAGCCAAGGGCCGCAUGCUGUCCAAGCUCAACUGGGUCCAGACCAUCGGCCUGGGCGUUGUGUGUGGGCUCAUCUGGUUCCAAGUGGACCGCACUGAAGACACUAUUGCUGAUAUUAGGGGCUGGAUCUUCUUCAGCACAACAUACUGGAUGCUGUUUGCGUUGUUUGGCGCACUCAUAUCUUUUCCUCCCGAGCGUGAAGUGAUCAACAAGGAACGGGCGUCAGGCGCCUACCGCCUGUCGGCCUACUACCUGGCCAAGAUGAUAGGGGAGCUGCCGCUGACAUUGACACUACCGUCUGCAUUCCACCUCAUCGCCUACCCCAUGCUGGGCUUUCACAGUGCACAGACGUUCCUCAGCUUAUGGGGUUUCCUCGUCCUAAGCACAGUAGUAUCGCAGAGUGUUGGGCUCUUCAUCGGUGCCACCUGCACCGACCUCCAAGUGUCCGUGACAGUGUCGGCACUGUACUCGCUGUCCACAAUGCUCUUUGGAGGAUACUACGCAUCUUCCCUGCCGCACUGGUUACGGUGGCUGCAGUACUUUUCCAUGGUGCACUACGCCUUCCAGAACAUGCACAUAGUUGAGUUCAGCAGUGGGCCGGAGGUCAGGUGCCUGUCGCGAAACUCCCACUUCACAGCCUGCAACACCGGGGGCAGUGUCAUUCCUGUCGAGGACAUCAUAGGUGACCAUGGCAUGCCGCUGCCCAUCUGGGCCAACACUUUGGUACUCAUCAGCUUCCUCGUCUUCUUCCGUGCACUAGGAUACCUUGUGCUGCGAUACGUACAUAAGCCCAAAUAGGACAAUCUUGGCUUAGUAACCCAAGGACAAGCUUUAUGCCGCCGUCUUGAUGGCAGUGCGGUGCCGUCUUUUUGCACACAAGGACCACAAGCCAACAAACUUUCUAUUCAUUACAAAGCACAGAGAACUGCGAGAGAUCGCAGGACAAAAAAAAAAAAAAAAAUCUGCAGAUCGCCUCGCCUCUUCGCUUUUCAUCGAGCAUCGGCAAGUUGCACCGACUCUUCAGGAAGCUUCAACACACUUUCCUAAUGACCAACAAUGCAGCUAUUGCGAAGUCUUACUGGGAGCGUAGCUGCUAUGCUGCCAUCUUCUUACCUACAAAAGCCUUCAAGCCACGAUGCCUGUGAGCCUCUUCUACAUGGUCUCAAGCCAGCCUGUAACUGAUAUUGAUCCAAGUGUGUUCUUCAAGGACUGCUUGAGGCGAGAGACUGCAAAGAAGGUGAUGGUGCACAACAUCCAACGUGCCAAAAAAAAAAUGAAGAGGACAUUUCCAGGAGGAGCUUUAGCCCCUGCACAGGCAAACCCUUAUGCCCGCACGUGAAGAUGCCUGCACACGUAGUGCACGGAGGAACACUACGAUACAAUGGAUGCUUCUGUGGACACUUGAAAUGUUGUGCCGGUCUGGUGGUGUGGAUGCUAAGACUACAGCUGCGAGUGAUUGGUGUGACUGUUUGAUGAGUGUGAAAGAAAAUGCGCGUGCGUUGUGCCGUUCUUCGUGGCGCCGUUGCCAGCGAGCAGUGGAGCAUCCUCCGAGGUGCAGUGGAAACCACUUUCAUCACACACAUACACACGCAGCCACCUACACGCAAAUGGGUGAAUGAGAUGCCCCGGUGAUAGUAUUUCCCGGGGACAAGAGUCUCUCACUCGUUUGUCCCGAAGCCCUUCUCUCCUCCUUGCGCUUCUACAAUUUGCCUGCCGAAAAGAGGGAGAGAUGGAAAAAAGCAUUCGCCUCCUCAGCUUGUCUCCACCCUCCUAAGGCCAAGAAAGGGAUUACAGCUUUGUUCUUGCCUCCCUGCUGAUCCCCGUUUUCUCCCUUUGUUUACUCCCUUCCCCUUGGCUGAAAUGAAACUGCUUGUGUUUUGUUUUUGCACGCUGUGGUAUGGAUCUCACGACGGCAAACGCCAUGGCGCUAGCAGUGACAUACCAAAGAAAAUGUGUAGCAGAUGCGCAAGUUAACACCUCGCCCUCAUCCCCCCCCCCCCUGCGACAAACGGUGAGAAUGUAGAGAGAGAGAGAGAAAGCGAGUAAGUACUGCCAAAACCUGCUGUUUGCUGUUUUGGAAAAACUUAAACACAGAAAGCUAGCAAAAAGAAAGCACAUUGUACUAUAGUAAUAUCGCCUCGCACUUCAUGGGACUACUACUGUGAGUGAGGCACCAAGUGAGAAGAAUGGAAAUCUGUCCAUUUUUUCUCUUUGUGUAUGCCCCACUGCCCCAGACAACACACAAAUACUCUUGUUAUUUUUAUAAGGCUGCUUUUUCCCGGCACUGCUGGGAGGACAGAUGUGCUAAUUUAAAUGCUGCAUCUGUCAGCCUCUUUGUGGACUUCGGGGGCACACAAAUGUGUUUUUCUCUUCUUCUUUACAGCCUGGAGAAUGCCAGCAUUCUUAGUCUGGUAUCUUUCCUUUCACCAAUUCACGUUGGGAUGUGUGCGUUUCUGUGAGACCUCCUUGCUUGUCUAGCUGUCAUUUUCCCAACUUCUUUCUGCUGUUUACCGAGAAUCGCCUUUACAACUCGGCUGAAUAUUCGCCAGGUGCAGGUCACUUGGAAUGCUUCUAAAACAGUGACACUUGGUUGUGUCUAAGCUGUUAGCUGCAAGCCUAGGAUAAUCCCAAGCAAUGUGGUCAUUUUGUCGUUUGCAUGUGAUUGCAGAAGUUGUGAAGUGUGUUAAUCUUGCACCUAUCUAUACAAGGUGUACUUACUGCCAGUUAGUGAGACAAGGGACGUGUUUCAUGCGACACUUUUCAGACUCUCGCAGAUUUCACAAAGUAACUUGUGUCACUUUCUUACAUUGUGGUCACUGUCUAGCAUUGCUGUUGCGCGAGUGUCAUUUUUUUCAACUUCUGCCUUCACAGCAAAUGAAUGUGUAGAAGUUGCUUUCAUCAAUUGUUAACAUUGUUGCAGCAAUGAUUAACCCUUUAAGAACACGUUUUAGUGUUCCAUAAAAUUGUGCGUAAUAUUUACAGUUCCAGAAUCCAUGUAGUGGAAGUUAUGCCAAUCAGAAUUAACUUUCCCAUACAUGGAACUUGGGAACCAUUUUUAUUGCACUUUCGCUCAGUAUUCCAAAGGACCUGCACUCUGUGAGCAGCCGUGAAAAUGUUCAAUUCAUAUUUCUGCCAUGGUCUGAUUUGUACGAAGCACAUAGCAGACUUCAAAGACAUAAAAUUGUCAAAUUGGCACUUGUUAAACCUUAAGUGUACCAGGUGUAUUGAGCAAACUGACAUGCAGUUGCUGCAACACUUCAUUCCACAGUGCAUGCACGUUUGUACGAGACUUGGCUGUAGACUGUUUUUCUUAGCCUUUUUUUUUUCUUUCCUUGCUGUCCAGAGUCUCACUUUGCAGAUACGUGCAAUUGGCCAUUGUUGUGCAUGGUUGUUAUCGUAGAGAGGUUGCACUGACUGCCAGUGCUCAAGCGCUUGCAAGCAGCUGAGAGAAGGAGACAGGAAGCGUAUAGAACUAGUUUUUUCUUUUCCUCUCCUUUACUUAUGAGUAUAUAAAAAAAAUGUUAUUGUAAGAGCUAGUUAAUAUAUUCAUAUGAACAAACUCGUUCGUCGAUUCCAGUCCUCAGACAAAACUCUCAAGCAACUUGCGUUUUUGACUCUGGCAGCCAGUGAAAGCAAAAACUGUGCUCUCAGCUCCUCUCGUAUUUGUUGUUGUUUUGACCGUGGGAACUUUCUCUGCACGCCACUUGUUGCGCCCAGAGGGCUGCAUCUUUCCACGCUGCUAAAAUUGUUUUCUUCGAACUGUGAUCCUCUUGUGUUUGACUCUUCUUGCAAAGUGAAAAAAUUUUUCCCCCACUUGUCCCCUCCUCAUUCUAAAUCUGUAAUUGACCAUUCGCUUUGCUUCUGAUAGUUCCAAUGCAGGCAUGUACCCUGUACCACAAGAAAAAAAAAAAAAAAACAUCCGCCUUCUCACUCCCACUUUUUUGUUGUUGUUGGUCUGUCCCGGGCAUUAUAUCGAAUGAACUAAAGACUUAAACAAAAAGCUUCUGGCACCGGCAGUGUACGGUGCACAGACGCUUGUAUCAAUGUUGCCUGCCACUUUCUGCGACUCUGCCCUUCCUGGACCGCACAACCUAAUCUGAACUUGUUUUCGGACUCCUGCUUCAGGAAAUUGUUUCUACCGAUUCCCUCCUCCUUGUCGCAUCCCACCUGCCCCCUCCCCCACCCCUCUUUGUACAGGAGUCCAACUUGGUGGCCUUCGAGUCGUGAAGUGCAUAACCACAAUUUAAUAAAUUAUUUUGGAGUUUACUCCCUCUCCUUAUAAGUUUGUAUUUAGGUUCUCUUCAAAGUGAUUCUUCCUCAACCCCUUUGCCCAUGCCAUGUAUCCCUGCCCCACCCACCACCCACGCCUUCUCAUCUGUUUUUUAACCCUUCAUAAGUCAGUAUUUCCUCUCUUGACCAAGUGUUUGUAAAUAUUUUCACCGAUUAUUAAUGUCCUUACGAAUUAAAUGUUUCAUCUAUUUUAUUAUGCA